AUGACACUUAAAAGACUACCAUCAGAACUAGAAUCCGUUCGUAACCAGAUUUUAUCAGGUACUAUUGUUCCUAGCUAUGAUACAGUUAGUGAACAAUUGUUGCGCUUGGCUACACCUCAUGAGUUUGGUCUGGUUUCUCCUCUAUCUAUUGCUGCUCCAACACCAGGUGACACUGCCGCCCUUGCAUCUCUUGGAAACAAUCAAAAUCGCCUUCGAGGAGGGUCAUCCAACUCCAAACCUCGUCCUAAGUGUGACCAUUGUAAUCGGCUUGGGCAUACUAUCGACCGUUGCUGGAAGCUGCAUGGCAGACCUCCACGUCAGGUAAAUGCAGCUCAAAUUGUUUAUCCUGAUACUAUGCAGACUUCACCUUCACUUCAAAAUCCUACGCCAAGCUACGACGAUUUUCUCAGGUGGUGUAAGACUAAUCAGAACUCUGGUUCCACGACUUCGGUUGCACACAUUGGUAAUACAUCUGUUUGCCUCUCUCAAUCAUCUCCUCUUGGUCUUUGGGUCCUCGAUUCUGGUGCGUCUGAUCAUGUUACCGGUAAUAAAGGUUUUUUCUCUUCCAUCUCUACCUCUGGUUUCUUACCUAGUAUAAACGCCGCAAAUGGUUCUCAAACCCAAUCCCAAGGGAUUGGUACUGUUCAAAUCCUACCAUCUCUCUCUAUUGCUUCUGUCCUAUAUGAUCGGAGUUCGGGGAAGACGAUUGGCGUCGGAUGUGAGUCUCAAGGCCUCUACUACUUCUAUGCGUCAUCCACCACAAGCUCUGCCACAGAUUCUCCACUCAUUAUACAUGCGCAGUUAGGUCAUCCAGGUCUUCCCAAGCUCCAAAAGAUGGGAUAUCGUUGCUACUCACAUACUCUACAACGAUACCUCAUAUCGGCCGAUGUUACCUUCUUCGAGUCAAUUCCAUACUUCGAGUCCAGCCAAGUAACUCCGGAACCCCUUCAGGAAAGUACUCAUACACCUCUUUCGGAAGUCUCAUUUCCCCUUAUCCCCCACCAUUCUAGCCUUACGGUUGUCCCUCCCACUACUCGCCCAUUUCAAACAUAUCAGCGUCGCCAACCCACUUUUGUCGUACCUAUUCCUGAGGCAGUACCUGUCCCUGAGGUCAUUACAGACUCUCCUCCGACGUCUUCGCCAACACCGGAUCCGAUCCCACAACCUGAGUCAGAUCUUUCGAUUGCUCUUCAAAAAGGUAUACGUCAAACACGAAAUCCUUCUCCAUAUUAUAUUGAUUUAUGUUAUCAUCGUCGUUCUCCUUUGCAUUAUACUUGCUUGUCUUCUUUGUCUUCUGUUUCUAUUCCUAACACUCCAGGUAAAGCAUUAUCUCACCCUGAGUGGAGGCAAGCAAUGAUUGACGAAAUGUGUGCUCUUCAAAGUAGUGGUACUUGGGAACUGGUUCAUCUACCCCUUGGGAAAUCGUUAGUAGGUUGUCGUUGGCUUUACGCAGUGAAGGUUGGUCCAGAUGGUAAGAUUGAUCGUUUUAAAGCUCGUUUUGUAGCCAAAGGAUACACUCAGAUUUUUGGGUUGGAUUAUAGUGAUACUUUCUCGCCUGUAGCCAAGAUGGCAUCUGUUCGACUUCUUCUAGCCAUUGCAGCCAUUCGACAUUGGCCUCUUCAUCAACUUGACAUCAAAAUGCCUUUUUACAUGUCUCCGAGAGCUUGGUUUGGCAUAUUCAGCACUGUAGUACAACAGUUUAGUAUGGUUCGUAGUGAAGCUGAUCACUCUGUGUUUUAUCGUCACUUUGCCCAAGGGUGUAUCUAUCUUAUUGUAUAUGUGGAUGAUAUUGUGAUAACUGGCAAUGAUCGUCAAGGAAUACUCCAGUUGAAACAACAUCUCUCGAAUCAAUUUCAAACAAAAGAUCUUGGGAAUUGA